GUUGGAUAAGUUUGUUUGUGAGAAAAUGGCAGACGUCUCUUUGGAUGAAGUGAUUCGACGGCGCGGAAUUAACCUUAACACUACAACUAAACGACCCAUGUUUGGACGAGGUGGAGGAGCAGAUGGCAAAAACUUUGAUGCCAGGCAGAAAAUUGGUGCCACUGAUGUAAGACAACGUCUUGGUGCAGGAUCAGGUUUCCAAGUAAAAGAUGCCAGGGAAAAACUGGUUCAGAGAGAUGCUCGGUUUAAAAUCCGUGGCAGGGGAGGAGCUGGAACGGUACACGAUGCUCGACAGAUGAUCAACUCAAGGAAACAGGGACAGUUCAGUGCCCCUGCGCAAACCACACUAAAGUUGGCGAUAUCGCAACAGCUGCAGAGCAAGACACUUAUGCCUCAGAUCCAGAUACACACCAACAACAAUCUGGUCAGUCCAAACGCUUGGCAGUUUACACCCAAUGCACAAGGACUGAGUACAAGAGUCAGCGCAUCACCACAGCUGAGCAAUAAUGCGAGAGUCAUGGAUGCUCGGGAUAGGCUGAGCCUCAAGAGGAGCAUUGGAGGAACACAAACGCAAGCGACUGCUGCUCCACCUUUAAAAAUAACAAAGACCAUACAGCAACAUCCAGUGGGUACAUUAGGAGGAAUGCGUGCAGCUACGCAGCCUGCCCUACAUGAGUUUGACGCCAUCCCCAGCAAACAAAUAAAGUUCACAGCUGCCAACACAAUGCUACAAUCUCGGUCUGGCACAACGGGUGCUACAUUCUCCAUGACAGCCCCGAUCACCAAGGUGGUUAAAAAUGAUGCAUAUACAGCGAUGCGUCCCCCUGUCCCUGUGGCUCCCACCCGACCCAACGCCAACUUAGCUGUGCUCCGCUCUUCUGCUGCAGCUGCUGCAGCAGCAGCAGCAGCAGCAGCUUUACAGCCAGUCUCCAGGACUCUUCAGCAAAGCACAGCAGAAACCAGCGCUGCAGCAGCUCCUACUCCACCUCAGCCGGCUUUUAGUCCGUUAGAGGGAACUAAAAUAACCGUGAACAACCUUCAUUCCCGAGUCACUGAGGAGGACAUAGUGGAACUGUUCUGUGUGUGCGGAGCUUUAAAGCGAGCGAGGCUGGUGAAGGUGGGCGUAGCUGAGGUGGUGUUUGUCCGUAAAGAAGACGCAGUCAGCGCUUACAGGAAGUACAACAAUCGCUGCUUAGACGGCCAACCCAUGAAGUGUAACAUUCAUAUUCAGGGAAAUGUCAUCACUUCUGAUCAGCCUAUUCUCCUGAGACUUAGUGACACGCCAGGUGCAGGCAGCAGCACGAAGAAAGACGGCCUGCCCCCAUCUUUGUCCCGCAGCGCUGGCCAGCGAGCCUCGUCUCAGCCCACCCCAGAAGUGGACCCCCAGACCAUCCUCAAAGCUUUGUUCAAGUCCACCGCCCAGCCCAGCUCACAGAACACGGCCUUUCGCAUCAAAAUAUAAUUAAGAUAUACUCACUUGUUUUGUUUUAGCAGCUUUCUCAGUGUUCACGUCACUGGUUUUCCAGCUGAUGGGCAGGAGGCCCUUAUUCUCUCAUGAAACUGUAUUUUUACACAUUUCAUAAAGUGGGAAUAGAAAGGUGUACGGAUGAGUAACGUCUUUGUUUUUGGUUUUGUAUGUUUGUAAUGUUUAUCUCUACAACGGACCAGAAGAAGUGUGAUGUUUUAAAUCAGUGUAGUGGAGGGUUCGUCAGUUUUGUUUUGACGUUGCAGUUAUCUGCACCUGUCAAAAAGAAACAAAGUGACAGAAUGAUUGAAAACCAGUCCAGUCAUUAACACGUUUAAAGCCUUACACCCACAACAUUCAGUGACGUUAUCAAACCUCUUCUAUUAGAUUGAACAGGAGAAAUGUAGUAUUUCUCAAUUAAUACUCUCCUCUGCGAUUUCAUCCAGGUGUUUUGUUUGCAGAAGUAACUGGUGUGUUAUACAAGUGCAAAACAAAAACUACAGUACCAUCUCUUUGGUUUUCCAGUUCUUGUAGGACCCAGUACUUUGUUACUGGUCUCGCUUGUUCAGUUUCUGGGCAGAAUGUGCUGUAUUCUUCACUCAGUUUUUGUUGAGCCACUGUAAACUGCUUUACGUUUCCUUGAUUUGUCAAACUGAGUGUCUGUAAAUUGAUGCCAUUAAAUCUGUAGCUUUUUGGACGA